UCUGGCGGGGCAAUGGCGGCGCCCGUGCUGCGCGGGUGCUGCCUUGGAAGGUGUUGGGCUUUAGCCUGCAUUGACAGCGGUUCUCGCCACGGAAGAGGGGCCGCGACUGGGUUCACGUCCAGCGGGAAAAGGGGACAGAGCUUCGUGGCUCAGCAGCCCCUCCUCACGGCCCAGAAGUCAAGGAAAGGUGAACACAAAUGGGCAGCUGUGGUAGGUUUGGAAAUUCAUGCCCAGAUUGUCUCCAACUCUAAACUCUUCUCUGGAUCUCAAGUCCACUUUGCAGCACCUCCAAAUUCUUUGGUAUCUUUUUUUGAUGCAUCUCUGCCUGGAACUCUGCCGGUUCUCAACAGGAGAUGCGUCGAAGCGGCGGUGAUGACAGGCCUGGCACUGAACUGCCACAUAAACAAGAAGUCCUUGUUUGACAGGAAGCACUACUUCUAUGCAGACCUCCCUGCAGGCUACCAAAUUACUCAGCAGAGACUCCCGAUUGCUGUGAAUGGGAGCCUGGCAUACAGUGUCUGUGUGGGGAAGAAAUGGAGGCAGGUGAUCACCAAGACCGUGAGGAUCAAGCAGAUCCAGCUGGAGCAAGACAGUGGCAAAAGCCUCCACGAUGAGCUGCGGUCUCAGACACUCAUCGAUUUGAACAGGGCAGGAGUUGGCCUUCUGGAAGUGGUGCUGGAGCCGGACAUGUCCUGUGGAGAAGAGGCAGCAACAGCCGUCAGAGAGCUGCAGCUGAUACUUCAAGCACUGGGGACCAGCCAGGCAAAUAUGGCAGAGGGCCAGUUAAGAGUGGAUGCCAACAUAUCUGUGCAUCAUCCUGGGGAGCCUUUGGGCGUUCGAACUGAAGUGAAGAAUCUCAACAGUGCCAGGUUCCUGGCCAGAGCAAUAGACUAUGAAAUUCAGAGACAAAUCAACGAACUUGAGAAUGGAUGUGAAAUUCUGAAUGAAACUCGCUCAUUUGACUACAGGCUAGGGUGCACCGUACCGAUGAGAGACAAAGAAGGAAAACAAGACUACAGGUUUAUGCCCGAACCCAACCUUCCUCCCCUGCUGCUCUAUGACACUGCAUCUCUGCCUGCUGGUGCAGACCCGCAGCAAGUGAUCAACAUUGACCGGAUUCGGGAGCAGCUCCCUGAGCUCCCCAGUGAGACCCGAGAGAAGCUCAUUCAACAGUAUGGGAUACUGCCAGAACACAGCUUCGCCUUACUGAAUGAAGUUGGCCUACUGGAGUUCUUCCAGAAUGUGAUAAAAGAAACUAGGGCAGAGCCAAAAAAAGUAACUAGUUGGGUCCUCAACAUUUUUCUGGGUUUUUUAAAGCAACGGAACCUUGCUGUCAAUGAGAGUCCUGUCACACCUUCUGUGCUGGCUGAGCUUCUCAACCUGCUGGACAGAAAAGUAAUUUCUUCAGCAGCAGCUAAACAGGUGUUUGAGGAAUUGUGGAGGAGUAAAGGGAAGACUCCAUCACAGAUUGUUUCAGAAAGGAAGCUUGAACUGAUGCAGGAUGAAGAGGCACUGGAACGGGUGUGCCACGCCGUGAUGGAGGGGCAUCCUCAAGUGGUAAUGGACAUGAAGAGGGGAAACCCCAGAGCCAUAAACAAACUGAUUGGGUUGGUACGAAAAGUAACUCACAACCGAGCAGAUCCUAUGGUGAUAAAGGAGAUUCUGGAGAAGCAGUUGUUGUCAUGAGAUGUUCUGGGUCCGUCUCUGCCUGAGGGACAGCAGAGUGGCCAUGACUGAGAACCUGAGCCCGUGAAACCUGACAUCCAGGGGCUCAACCUGCUGGCGCCUCCCAGUCUCUAGCCCCAGCUAGAGCUGUAGGCCACCCAGGGCCAGACCCGACUCUGCCCUGGGAUGCUACCUGCACAGACCAGCAGCGACAGCCCCGUUUGCCUCAUUGACGUGGAAGUGGUUCCAGGAUGGCCGCAGUGGUGCUGAAGGAAUAGCACGUUCCAGGCCUUAGUAAUUCUAAACUAAGUGAAACACACGGUUUCAAGUGCUGUCACUGUUCUAAGAAAACUUCCCAUCCCGCACUUCUUUAACAAGUAUUUCUGAGUAAGUUCCAAAAGCCAGGCGCUGCUCUAGGUGCCAGGCAUGAGCAGUGGUCAAGAGGGACCAUGGUCUGGAUGCAGUAUUUUAGACCUGAAAGUAGAUGAGUGGAGAUGAAAACCACAACAGGACAGACAUGCCAAACACACUUUUGUCUAGACAGGCCCUGCGGGGCUGGGAAGGAGGGCAUUAGUCUCACUAGCCCGCACUCAUCCACGGAGUAAAAGUGACAUUGCCCACAUGCUCAGCUCCCCAGGGAUUGCCGGGAGGUCUGAGAGUAAAUGAAACAUUAUUUGUAAUAAACAAAAAAAAAAAAGUUUUCAAAUAAAUUUAAUGAACAAAAUAUAUACUGAAAUAUCACAUAAAAAAUUAACUUACACGUCAAAGAUUGUGCAGCUGACAAGGACCCCCGCCCACCCCACCCUCAAGCCGAAAAAAGAUUAAAACAAAAGUAACAUUAAAUUGAUUUGUUUUCCCUGGAAAGAAUAAGAUUAUAAACUAGUACAUCAAAAUCUUGACCUUUAGCAGUAAUUGUGGUGCAGUUAACAACCUCUCCGUGAAGGCUGGGUCGCCUUCACCCCUGUUCUCGUGACAGUAAUGUGGCUUCUGUGUAACGCACUGGAGCACCCCUGUGUGUGCUGCGUGCCUUUGCUACCUCUGACUCAUGGUGCUCAAAGACCACUUUCACAAAUGCUGUCUUGUAACGUGUCAAACCGUGGCAUAAGAGAACAGGCUCUUUGGAGGCUCUGAUUUUACACUGGCUUCUCCAGCGUACCAA